AAGACCGCGACACCAAGCUUUUCAACCAGAAGCUUGCAUCAAAUACAUUCACUACUAUGUCUGAAGUAGCCCAGUCGGGCCCGGCCGAGCCCCAGGCUAGACAUGUUGUAUAUUGCGGUGUGUGCAGUUUACCGCCUGAGUACUGCGAGUUCGGCGGCAAGGCGAAAAAAUGCGAGGAGUGGUUGAAGAGCAAUCAUCCUGAUCUGUAUGAGCACUUAUACUCUGAAGACGCUCUCAGCUCCAAUCUAUCGACUUUGAAAGUAUCUGUCCAGGAACGGGCUGCGAAGGACGCCGCGAAGAAGGAGGCCAAGGCUGCUCUUGCAGAAGCGCGCGACGCAGAGCGCAAGGCGGCUUCCAAGGUCCAGAUCAAGCGCGUCGAGCGGAACAAGCGCAAACACGUCAGUGUCAUCACUGGGUUAGAGGUCUACGGUCUGGAGAACAAGAAGGUCGCCAAGGAGCUUGGGAAGAAAUUCGCUACCGGGUCUUCGGUUACGAAGUCGUCUGCUGGGACCGAGGAAAUUACGGUGCAGGGAGAUGUGAGCGAGGAUGUGAAGGAGUGGCUCCUGGAGGUGUACGGGAAGGAGAUCCCGGAGGCGAAUAUCGAACUCAUCGAGGAUAAGAAGAAGAAAAGCAGUGCGCCACAAUAGGCACUCGAUCGCUUGACGCUGGGUAUUAUGCUAUGACUAUUUGCAGAAAUUUAUAGAAACGCUUGUAAAGCCAAACAGGAAAGGAGAUGUGACAAAAUUGCGGAGGGGACCAGCACGCUCCGCAUGCCAACGUAAGAUGCAAAAAUUGAGUCCUGUCACAAUCUUGAUCAGAGUUCAUCAAGAAUUCUCGAGAAGCUUGAGUCAAUUGUCUCCGCACUCUGGUCUGAAUCGGUCGACGAGGCAGCCUUAUUUGACACACUGACUUGGUGACUGCUCUGGUGCGGUGCAAGACGGGAUGG